AUGGCUUCUCUGGUUGUAAACAAGGCUGGAUCGGGGCUGGACGGUGGCCGUCAGGGCAGCUGGGGCACGGCCGUGGUGAAGGUGCUGGAGUGUGGAGUUUGUGAAGAUGUCUUUUCUUUGCAAGGAGACAAAGUUCCUCGCCUGCUGCUUUGUGGCCACACCGUCUGCCAUGACUGUCUCACCCGCCUGCCUCUUCACGGAAGAGCAAUCCGUUGCCCUUUUGAUCGACAAGUAACAGACCUAGGAGAUUCAGGUGUUUGGGGAUUGAAAAAAAAUUUUGCUUUAUUGGAGCUUUUGGAACGACUGCAGAAUGGACAUAUUGGUCAGUAUGGUGCUGCAGAAGAAGCCAUUGGGACAUCUGGAGAGAGCAUCAUUCGUUGUGAUGAAGACGAAGCUCACGUUGCAUCUGUAUAUUGCACUGUAUGUGCAACUCACUUGUGCUCAGAGUGUUCCCAAGUUACUCAUUCUACAAAGACAUUAGCAAAGCACAGGCGGGUGCCUCUCGCCGAUAAACCUCAUGAGAAAACCAUGUGCUCUCAGCAUCAGGUGCAUGCCAUUGAGUUUGUUUGUUUGGAAGAAGGCUGUCAAACUAGCCCACUUAUGUGCUGUGUCUGCAAAGAAUAUGGAAAACACCAAGGUCACAAGCAUUCAAUAUUGGAACCAGAAGCUAACCAGAUCCGAGCAUCAAUUCUAGAUAUGGCUCACUGUAUACGGACCUUCACUGAGGAAAUCUCAGAUUAUUCCAGAAAGUUAGUUGGAAUCGUUCAGCACAUUGAAGGAGGAGAACAAAUAGUGGAAGAUGGAAUUGGAAUGGCUCACACAGAACAUGUACCAGGUACUGCAGAAAAUGCCCGGUCAUGUGUUCGAGCUUAUUUUUCUGAUCUACAUGAAACUCUGUGUCGUCAAGAAGAAAUGGCUUUAAGUGUUGUUGAUGCUCAUGUUCGAGAAAAAUUAAUUUGGCUCAGGCAACAACAAGAAGAUAUGACUAUUUUGUUGUCCCAGGUUUCAACAGCCUGUCUCCAUUGUGAAAAGACUUUGCAGCAGGAUGAUUGUAGAGUUGUCUUGGCAAAACAAGAAAUUACAAGGUUACUGGAAACAUUGCAGAAGCAGCAGCAGCAGUUUACAGAGGUUGCAGAUCACAUUCAGUUGGAUGCCAGCAUCCCUGUCACUUUUACGAAGGACAAUAGAGUUCACAUCGGACCAAAAAUGGAAAUUCGAGUUGUUACAUUAGGAUUAGAUGGUGCUGGAAAAACUACUAUUUUGUUUAAGUUAAAACAGGAUGAGUUUAUGCAACCGAUUCCAACAAUUGGUUUUAAUGUGGAAACUGUAGAAUAUAAAAAUCUGAAGUUCACUAUUUGGGAUGUAGGUGGAAAACACAAAUUAAGACCAUUGUGGAAACAUUAUUACCUGAAUACCCAAGCUGUUGUAUUUGUUGUCGAUAGCAGUCAUAGAGACAGAGUUAAUGAAGCACACAGUGAGCUUGCAAAGUUGUUAACAGAAAAAGAACUCCGAGAUGCUUUGCUUCUGAUUUUUGCUAAUAAACAGGAUGUUGCUGGAGCCCUCUCAGUAGAAGAAAUCACUGAACUUCUCAGUCUUCACAAACUGUGCUGUGGCCGUAGCUGGUAUAUCCAGGGCUGUGAUGCUCGAAGUGGGAUGGGACUAUAUGAAGGGCUGGACUGGCUCUCACGGCAGCUUGUGGCUGCUGGAGUAUUGGAUGUUGCUUGA